GAAAAACCUUUCUGAUUUGGAAAAUUCUGACAGCUCCUCAUCUAGCGAUGAAGAGAAGGAAGAUCAAAAGAAAAGUUUCUACAAACGUCACCGUCACAGACUAGGCUACAAGAACAGAUUGGGCAGUUGUUCAUCUUUAGCCCAGGCAAACAGUGCUCUUACUGUAGAAGACACAACAUCUGUUCAUCUUUGGGUUGGUAAAGAUUAUGUCAAUUGGAUAAGCAAAGAUUUGAAUAACCUGGAUAAACCAUUUCAAGAUAUUGUUAAUAGGCAUCAGACACCACGCAUGCCUUGGCAUGAUAUAGGUCUGUUUGUGGAGGGACCUGCUGCUCGAGAUGCUGCUAGGCACUUCAUUCAAAGGUGGAAUGCUGUGAAAACAGAGAAGGCAAAGCCAAAUAGGAAGUACCCUUACCUCCUUCCAAGAACCUAUGAUAAAAGGUCAUUCCAACCAUCCAAGCUUCAAAGGAAACAUAAAGUCAGCGCUCAGGUUUUGCGCAGUGUUGGGAAAUGGAGUGCUGGACUGGAAGAGGAAGAGGCUAGCAUUGCUUCUGCUUAUGUCAGCCUUAUUCGGAAUGCAAAGCAUUACAUUUACAUAGAAAAUCAGUUUUUCAUUACAUGUGCAAGCAGUAGUGGCUCAAGAGAGGUGUCAAAUUAUAUUGGAUAUGAAAUUGUGGAAAGAAUUGUCCAAGCUCACAGCAAUAAUGAGGUCUUCAGGGUGUUUGUCCUGCUACCACUUUUGCCUGCAUUUGAAGGCAUGAUUGGCAAAUCCAGUGGUGUUGCUAUGCAGUACAUUGUGUACUGGAACUAUGUCAGCAUAUCAAGAGGAAGGAACAGUUUGAUUCACUGCCUGAAGGAAAGAGGAGUCGAUGAUUGGGAGAAAUAUAUAUCAUUCUGUUCCCUGCGGACACAUGAAUGCCUAGAGGGUCGUCUUGUCUCAGAACUCAUAUAUAUCCAUUCAAAGCUGAUGAUUGUGGAUGACCGCUUUGUCAUUGCUGGUUCAGCAAAUAUCAAUGACCGGAGCCUCAAGGGAAACAGGGACUCUGAAGUGUGUAUGGUCUUGGAGGACCAUGAGUUUGAGGAAGGCAUCAUGAAUGGACAGAGAUACCAGUGUGGAAUUUUUGCUGGAAGCAUGAGAAAGUACCUCUUCAGUGAACAUCUUGGCAUUGCAGAUGAUGAGUCACCUGCCAUAGAUGUCACAGAUCCUGUUUCAGAUUCCUUCUUUAUCAACAUUUGGCUUGAUAUAGCAAAGAAAAACACACUUAUAUAUGAGGAGGUCUUUUCAUGUUAUCCCUGUAAUAGCGCCACUACUUUUGAAGAAGUAGACCGAUUGCGCAACUCAUCAUCAAAAGCAGAAACAAAUCCUUCUGAAUCUCUUGUGAAGCUGAAGGAAAUCCAGGGACAUCUGGUGUGCUUCCCCUUAGACUUCCUGAAAGAUGAGAUUCUGAAACCAGGUGUGGGUAAUAAAGAGUAUCUUUUGCCUAUGGAGACCUGGACGUAGGUUUGAAUGUUGUAUUUAACAAGAUAACUGACAUUACCUAAAGGAUUCAGACUUUGUUGUGAAUAAUAGAAAUAUAUUACUUUUUACAUUUCUAAAGAGAUAAAGUGAGUGGCGUCAUAUCUUUGAUAUAGUAAUAUUUUCUGCCAUUUACAUGUGAUACAGUUUUUUAGUAUAACAUUGUUUUCUGCCAUUUACAGGAUUUCAGUUCCUUUUACAUAUAUAUGUGAAUUCAAAUAUUUUUUGUAAAUUGAUUGGUUCACUAAAAGAAUUGAAAUCAUGUCAUAUUUUACAUAUUGAUUUUGCACCUGAAAAUGUUUCUAACUAAAUGUUGGAAGUUGGAAUGUUAUUUUAGAAUUGAUAUAAAGGCAGUCUAGGAAGUAUGUGAUUAUAUUUUAUUGGGACUUGUAUGUGGCUUUUAAUGUAUAUAAAAGUUUACCAAAUAUUUCAGUGAUUUAUAUUAAAGUUAUAUGUGUAUUUUUUAUAUGUUUCUAUUUUUAUAUGUGCAUAUAUGUGUGUACGGCACAUAUGUAUGUCUGAUCUAAAUGUUUUAGUAUAUAUAUGUGUGAAUGUGUUAUAAUUAUAUGCAAGUGUGAAUGUAAAUUGUCUUGAGUGUGAUAUUUAUAUAUCAAUUUGUUUUAUUAAUGAUUGAGCUUUGAUUGAUUUAAUGUUUGUUUUUAUGAUGUGCAUAUUAUUAUGAUUACAAUGAACUGAAUGAAGAUAUGAUAAACAUUAACCUUUAGUUUGGAUAUCCAAAGAUAAUGCAGAGGGAUUUAUGAAUAAUCCAUGAAGACAUUGUUAAUUAAUUUUUUGAUGUUAUUUGUGUCUAUAGAAGUAUAGGAUGCAUAAGGAGUUAUUGAGUAGUAAGCAUGAUGUAUGUUUAUUUCCUUAUAUUCACUUAAGAUAACAUAUGCACAUAACAUGUAGGUAUAUCAUAUACACACAAAUUCUUAUAUCCACACAUACCACAUAUUAGCUGA